UCGUCCGCGAUACACUUGUUUUUUUUCUGCUCCGUAUCAGGACGGUAUUAAUUACAAAAUCUCGAGUGCGAAGGUGUUUCCCUAGCAAGGGCUAGCGGAAACAUUUCUGUUGUGAGAUCUUUCUUAGAUCUAAUAAGUGAUCGGCAGUGAUACACACCGGCAGUGAUACACACCGGCAGCAGACAGUUGUGUGCUUCAGCGUUUCUACCUGUCGCUUGAAUAGCAUCGGCACCAGCAGUGGUUGAUUCAUCAAGGUCACGCGAGGGAAACAAUCGAAGCGAACUCAUCUAUCGGCUCAACAAACCAUACCGUAGCAGACAAAUAGAAAAAAAACUCGAAGCAAAUUGCUUGUUCGCGCGACGACGUAUGAACAUUGUGACAGUCAGCUAAUAAAAAACAGAAUCACGAUCAAAGUUGUUCACCCUUAAUAUCAUCACAUCCUGAAUGUUCAAUAAAGGAUCCUGUAUGAAGGACGCUUCCGCCCAUCAUUCACAAUAAACACACACACGCACCACCCGCCCAUUCAUUUCGGAUCAAGAGUGUGUUGAGAAUGAUGUGGAAAGUUUCCUUUUUUGGAAGCGCCAUAUUAAAUCUUGUUUUGAUGCCAUCCCUUUCUAUAAGUUGCCAAGAGAAUACAUUAAAGAAUCGAAAAAUUUGUCAUUGAGACUCGAUGGAAUGUCAUUGAACUUCCUGUUGACUAAAUCGAAGCUGAGUUUGACCGUACCUUUCAAAGUACCUUGUACACACGAAGCAGAGGAAAAAAUUGCAUAGGUGAUACCAUAGUUCACUGGCUUCGUUAAAACCAGUUUUUAGUCGAGGAAAGAUCAACAUUUAACGCGCAAUGUCUUCGGAAUCCGAAGAGCAGGACUUCGACGGAACACAGCAGAUUCUGCGGAUGAUGACAGCCCUCUCGCCUGAAGUUGAAUCCAUUCCGACCGACACGAUUUCGAAUAUGAACCCUUUCCAAAUUAAGCCAUCCUUCGUAGAGACUCUCAGCAAAAGUGAAGCCACAAUAAAAGAAAUAUUUGGCUCCCACUGUGAAUGCGGUGCAGAAAGAGUAUUUGCUGCUCCCAAAGAAUCCAAAUGUCUGUCUGCCAAAGCGAACUCGGUUGGUAGUAAGAGCCUCGAGCACGGUAUAAUCAAUCCAACUACGUUCAAGCAUAAGAAUAAAGGAGAGAAAAAAGGAAUCAUUCGAGAAUCGAUACUGCAGAAUAUUGGCAAAUGUGUUCACCAGAACCUAAAGCAGAAUAACGUCGCAAAGAAAAUUCAGCCAAACUCGCUUUCCUCCAUUUCAUUUACUCCCACAGUGAACACAUUGAAAGCUUCACUAUCAGAAAAUAAUCUCACUAGAUGUUUUAACACAGAUUCCAGUAAUGAUAUUCUGGAUUUCAGGUUAUUGGUUGACCAGUGCAGUGAGCUAACGAUAUCUUCUCCGAGUGGUGGUAAAGCUGUAGACAGUCCCAAUUUUGCACAGGGCAGUUUUAGGGCAUUACGUCAGCCAGAUUUUUCCGCGUUUCAACGAAACCGAACUGCCAUCCAUCGUCGUAAUCGUCGAGCACGGCAACUCAAACGAUCCAAUAGCACCUCGUCACUGGAAUCGGAUAGCAGCAGCACCGGUAGCAUCCCGUUCAGUGGUCCCAAGGGAGCUUGUUCCACCGGAGCAUCUCAUAACGGUAGUCAACAGAUUCAAUCGCCAACUCAACAACAGCAAUCUCACUCUCAGUCAUCUUCCCCAUCGUCGUCAUCCUCCGCGUCCUGUUCGACCCAGGCUAGACUGAACAGUACGAUGCCCUGCGAUAUCACCAUUGACGAAAUGGCCAGCUAUUUCGAAACACUGGUUCACAUACCGAAGAAAAUGUCUAGCAUGGCCGAAAUGAUGUAUAUUUAGAAUGAGCAACUUAAUGGUGCCCUGGGGAAGGCAUACUCAUUGGGUGUCUUUAGUGACAUCCAAUGCAGACACGCGUUAAGAGAUUUGGUGAACGUUCCUAGCUAAAGGAACACUGUCUGCUGCAGCAGAUGACAUACCUCUGAAAAUUGCUAGAAUUUUGUUCAAGUCGUUGCUAGCCAGUGCUAAAUAGUUCUUCGGGUGAAAAUUCUAAUUAUUCGUUAACGAAACAGAGCUAUCCUCAGUUGGUUUCGAUAGUGAGCAUUGCUUGUAAAAUUUGAUAUAAUUCAAAGGAACUGCUGUAAUCGUUGGAAAACUCUAAACUAAAUAAAUGCAGAAGAUUCGUUUAUCAUUAUGCAGCUUUAGUUCAAAUAAAUCAGUGAUUACAUAAGCUUCACCAUUUUUCGCAAACUUGUUUGUAUCGAAUUGGUGACAGUAAGUAUCGAAUCGAUGUACAUUUGCUGUCCGACGUCGAUCGAAUGUGCUGUGCAUCAAAAAUAGUUUAAGUGUACGAACUUUAAGUUUGUUCUUGUUUCAUAGUUCCAAUGCAACCAUGCGUUUAAUUUUUAUAUUACCUACACUUAAAACUCAACAUUAAUGUAAACGAAACUAUUCGCGGAAAAGUAUAACUUUUAUAAAUGUAGACUAAUUUAUAGACAAUGAUAGAGUGGACGUUUCGCCGGAAUUGGUUGUAAAGAAGAGAAAAGAAAAUUUCAAUGAACAAUUAGUGGAAUGGCAUACAUGAAAAAUCAAAGAAUAUCACCGAAUAUGUCCAACCUGGUGAUGGUGUCCAUCAUGCAGCUGCAAUUUACGCAGCCAUGUAUAUCCUGUGCAUACCAAAAUAAACAAUAAAUGUUUUAAUUGCAACAUCUAACUAGGGUACUCAAUAGUAACCUUACUUGGCGCGCGAUUUAUUGAAUUAUUUUCCAAUAAAAAGUAUAUAAAUCAGA